AUGGGUGCACAUGCAAAGAAAGCUAUGAAGAAGAACCUCAAAAGGGUUUCGUCUAAUAAGCCGUCUCAGGGUGCUGAUUUUUUGCCCUUGGAAGGUGGUUCUGCUCGCAAGAUAGGAGAACAGAAGCCGCCAGAGAAUACCGCCACGGUUUUGUACGUGUCGAGGAUUCCGCAUGGAUUUUAUGAGAAGGAAAUGGAAGGUUAUUUUGGGCAAUUUGGAACCAUCAAGAGGUUGAGAAUCGCGAGAAAUAAAAAGACGGGAAAAUCAAGACAUUUUGGGUACAUAGAAUUUGAAUCUCCUGAGGUAGCAAAAAUUGUAGCUGAUACUAUGCACAAUUAUCUCCUCUUUGAACAUCUUCUACAAGUUUUUGUGGUACCUCCAGAGCAUGUCCAUUCAAGAUUAUGGAGAGGAUUCAAUUACCGUCACAAGCCAUUGGAUUAUGUCCAAAUUGAACGGAAGCGUCAUGACAAGGAAAGAACCUUGGAAGAGCACAAGAAAAUGGUGGACAGGAUUCUAAAGCAUGACCAAAAGCGACGUAAAAGAAUAGAGGCUGCUGGCGUAGAUUACGAAUGCCCUGAGAUUAUCGGUAACAUCCACCCUGCUCCAAAGAAAAUAAAGUUUGAUGACUAA